AUGGUAUGGACCUGCUUGUUUGUUGGGGCAGGAGCACCUUUAGCUCCCCAGACUGGAAAUGAACGGUCCCGAGCCUUGGCGAGAGCGGCCACGCAGCUGAUUCCUGACCGCGCGGUCACGACUGAAACCAGGGACCGUCGGGCUAUCUACCUCAAGGAGUUCGACGCCUGGUUGACUGAGGCCAUGGAUUUGUCGGUUGAUGUUUUGCUGGCUGAGAAGCCGGCUGACCCUGAAAAGAUCUCUGAAUGUUUGGUGCAGUACGGCCGUGCCCUUUUCACAGCUGGAAAGAGUUACCAAAAGUAUUCUGAGACAAUCAAUGCGGUUGGCACUGCCCGGCCGCUGAUAAAGCGUCAACUGACUCGAGCCUGGGAUUUAGCUUUUGCAUGGUUGCAGGAUGAACCACAUUCCCACCAUCCUGCCCUUCCUGCUAGCAUUCUACUUUCUAUGCUGAGCACUGCCCUAAUUUGGGGAUGGAAGAGGGAGGCCGCCCUUUGGGCCAUGGGAUGGAGUGGUAUCAUGAGGGUUGGUGAAAUGUUGAUGACCCGACGAUCGGACCUCAUCUUGCCAUCAGAUGCUGCACCGGGUUUCACACACAUCCUGGUGAAGAUCCACCAACCAAAAACUCGAGGUCGAGGGGCGAAGCAUCAGGCGGCCCGAGUGGACCAGGAGGACUUGGUUAGGCUGAUUGCUGGAGCCUUUAAGGACGAAGCAGCGGACGCCUUGCUGUGGCCUCUCUCAGCAUCCACUCUCCGAAAGCGAUUCGGUGCUGUCUUGAAAGAGGUAGGUUUGCCCACUCGCCGUGAAGGAGAACAACGACCCUAUGAGCUUGCUAGCCUUCGAGCUGGCGGUGCCACUUGGACAGUGGAGGCGAGCUACAACUCGCGUAGAGGUAGCGAAGCCAAGGCCUUCAACAAACAAAUCACGGAACGAGAUGGACACAUUUUCCAAGUCAGCAUGUUUCAGCGCUUUUGGAUGCGGUUUCAACUUGAAUUGCCUUUGCAUUUGCUUUGCCUCUUCGUUGGUCACUUGUGCUUCCACAAUGCUCUUUUGGAGGCGGUCUACACAGCCAGCAUUGUGGAGGUGAUUGCGAGACACCUGCCAUUUCAGCAAGGCCUCGAGAGCCUGCUCGAGGACAUGCGGCUGUGGACUCCAAAUGGCCAGCCAGUGUGCGAUGCAUCUGCUAGGCUGAUACUUCGAGAAGGUGAGAUGCUGGAUUUGCCAGAAGGCAGCUUCUUUGCAGAUUCGUUUUGCCGAGCAGUUUUUGCACGAGCAAAACAAGCAAUAGCCGCGGCCUUGACCUGGGAAGCAGUUGGCAGUGAUCGCAACAGCAAAGAGCUGCGAAGGCUCAGCCUUGGCAGACCUUUGCAGACCUUUUGCUGGAAGCUGCAGAAGAGGCGUGAACCCCGGCCGCCCAAGCAGAUGUUCCGGUCCUAA